AUGCCGGUUGGAAAUGUUUCAUACUAUCACAGAAGAAAGUAUUCUCCUCAGGCUCCACCGGAUCACCAGUCACGAAUAUUUUUUGGAGAUUACGCACGACCCGACAGCGGUGUUGCUGGCAGUGAACGAAGCCGCUCGAAUGGAAGCAUCUCCUCGGUCGCCACCAGCCACUCGUCGUCUGCGUGCGUCAGUGUGAAUAGUAGUGUGGCCUCGCUGGCCGAUGCAGCGAACGCCAAUUUGCUGAGCGUGUCCAAGGGUGUCGAAAUCGAAUCGUGCCCCGUGCCAAAAUGUAUCGAUAGUGCUGAUGGUGCCGGUACUACAUCGGCGUCCAACUGCUGUGUCCGUGCGCCGACGACUGGCGAGGGUGUCGGGGCGCAACAGGUGUUGACGGGUCGGGUGUGUAUCAGUGAAAGUGCCACCGGGUACGACCGGGGUGCGGUGGUUCGUACCGCUGGAGGUGGCACCAGUGGUCCUGUCAGCAGUGGUUGCAAUCCUAGUGGCAGUGUAAAUAGCGCUAACAUUGGUGGCAACAGCCAGCAACGCCGAGUGCAGUCGUCAACUGUUGCGAAUAUUAGUGGUAGUAAUAGCGGUACCAGCAAUAGCAAGGAGCAAGCGAACGGACUCUUGCUAGUGUCACCGGGUGUGGUAACGUCUGGCGCGCCGACUUCGGCUACGAUUCGUGCGGGGCCGUUGCAACCGGCCAAGUCGUCACCUUUAGCUGUAGCGGGACUGCCUUCGGCUUCAACACUGCCACCGGCCGAAAGUGCAAGCAUUUCGAACCAGUGUUCUUCUGCAUUUGGCUCCGCUCAUCUUAACAACAAUGAAGAACAAAGAUCGCAACAUGCACCAGGUCCAUCAUCGAGCGCAAAUAGCGGCAGUAUCUACCAGCUAGGCCCGGGAAACGGCAAUGAAACGCUGCACCCUCACGCCAAUCCCUCAACGACGACAACCAUCAACAAUACCGCGGCGAAGCAACAACAGCAGCUGUACAACAAACAGCCACAACCACAACCGCAGCAACAGAAGCAGCAACAAUCAACGUCGAGUGUAGCCACCGGCCAUAAUCUUCUGCCGGGUAUCGCGAGUUAUCCUUCCACGGUUGCUUCCACGUCCGGGCUGUGGUCGGAGGACGGCCCGUUCUGCACGGUCCCAUCCCAGCAGCAGGUACCCCCGCACUCGAGCGGCGUGAACGUGAACGUGACAGUGAACGUUGUGGCACGAUCCGUAACCGCGAGCACCAUGACGACGACAACGGCAACGACGACCAGCACAACGACCCUGGCACCCCCGCGACCGAUGCAGAAGGUGAUCCCGACGGUGGUCUACCUGAUGUCCCGGAUCGCUGUACAUAUGGAGAUCGAGGGCACGGCACAGUGCCCGGCGCAGGUGAUGCUUGCCGCCGCCCUUGGCUGUGAAGAACUAGGUAUUACGAACAAAUUGCUGGCCCAGAGCGUGUUCGGCCUGUGGAUGACCAGUCCACUGCUGGAGGUGCAGCUGAAACCCCACCAUCGGCCGUAUGCGGUGCGCGUCGCCUGGUCGAAGCUGCUCGACAAGCACAGCCACGGGAACGAGCUGGAAAAGCUGUCCGACGAGCCGAUGACGACGCUGCGGAGGAACGUGUUCUUCUCCCGGCGGGAUGAGGAAAAGAUCAAAGAUCCUCGGAUAUUGGAGCUGCUGUACGAAGAGGCCAGACACAACGUACUACUCGGCCGGUACGUGAUGGAACCAUCGCAAUCGAUCAUGCUCGGUGGCAUCCAGGCCCGGAUAGAACUGGGACCGUACAACUCGCACACACACACUACCAGCUACUUUCGGGAAAAUCAAUUCCGCUUCCUGCCGGCACACGUGGCAAAGAGCUCGAGCUGGUCCUGGUUGCCGAUCAGCCAACGAUCGUCUGCCGAGGUGCGUCUGUUGGAGCAGUUCAAGCGCGUUCCGACGACGGCCACGACCAAGAAGCUGAUGCGGAAGUAUCUCGAGUUCUGCUGGGGUCUUCCAUUUUAUGGUGCGGCCUACUUCCAUGGACAAGUUGAGCAACCGGUACGUGGUCUUAUGAGUUUGAUGCAGCAGAAGGAUCUACCCGUCCUGAUAGCGGUCAACGAGCGGGGGAUUUUCGUAAUAGAUCAGAUCGAAUGUACACUACUACUCGGGCUCAAGUACGAAGAGUUCUCGUGGGAGUAUGCCAAACCGAGCAACGUCAACGAUCCGGAAUGUUUGCCGUGCAUCUUCCUACAGUUCGGCGCAGUAGAGAACGGUAUCGCGGCAACGAAGCUGAUGCAAAUCUUUUCCCGCCAGGCCGCCAUGGUGGACGCCUUAAUUACGCACUUUGUCGAGCAGGACAAGCGGCGGAAGGAGAGUGGAGCCGAAGCCGAUCAGGCUGCUGCUGCCGGUGGACUGGCGGAUAACACCUAUGUUGAACCAAACCCAAUCAAAAACAAUGGCAUCGGUGUGCUGAGCAACAAGUUCGCCCGCCUAACGCUGGCCACGUUCGACGACGAAGGGCGCUGCAUUGGUCAGACGGGCUCGUUAUCGAUAAGCUAUUAA